AUGGCCUCGUCACUGUCGAAAGCGUCUUUGUUCUCGGCUAUCCGAGCCAGCCACACCUCCUUCGCUACUUCAUGUCAAACUCGUUCUUUUUCGCAAUCCCUGCAGCGCUCCGGUGUACGGAUGGGCGAGCACGUCUCUAUCAAACCCCCCGCUCAGCCGAGCACGAGAACUAGAACAAGAGCAAUGGCAAGAUCGGAACUUCCGCAGGAUCUCGGUCUGUUGCCCGGCACUUACAUCCGCCAACUAUGGAGGGAUAUGCCGUCCAUCUUCCGGCAACGCGAAGAGCGCUUUCGGUUGGAAUGGCUGUGGUUGAAGACCGCUUUCCAGAACUUUGCAGGAGUGAUUGCCUACUGCAGGUACUUCAAUAAAGGGCUACCCCUCGAAUUCAAGGAGCGUCGUCAGAUCGCCAUGGACUUUCACCGACGCAUGUAUACCGCUUUCGCAGCUGGCGACACCAAUACCAUCAGUAAGAUCUGCUGUACGGGCUUGGCCAAUGAGCUAAAGACGCGCAUUGCGGCACGCCCCAAGAAUGAGAAGGUGACCUGGAGCCUGGACACUUACAACCGUGAUGCCUCCACCUUCUGGACCGGUGCUCGCGUGGUCUCGGACCGCGCCACUACAAUUCCUGAAAUUCCGGACUCGGGCGUGCGCCAGGUCAUCGUGCGCAUCACCAGCAAGCAAUCCACCGGCAAGUACACCGCGCCCGUCAACGGAAAAGCCGCCGAGGACUCCACCGCUGUGGCCGAAAACGUUAAGCAGCGGGACUGCACAGAGUACAUCGUCAUUCAGAAGCUCCGGUGGUCGGGUGAGGACACUGGAUGGCGCGUCUGGGGUACUGCUACCCCGACUACAGUGGACGAUCUCAGCAACCCGCUCUUUGCGCCUGGCUUGACUAUGUCCGAGCGGUUGGAGGCUCUCAAG